AGCCUCGUUUAUGUUUUUUUAUUAUUUCUCUACCUAAAACCCAAAGCUGCAAAAACCAAAGCAGAGCGAAGCUAAACAAAGCCACCUUCAACCGAAAACCCGGCACAGAAAUCUUGAAACUGAAAUAUUUGUUGAAUUUAUCAGAUUACAAUCCAAAAAGAAAAUUUUCUUUCAAAUCAAUGGAAUCUUCAAGGUAUGAACAGAAAAAACUGGCAUCUUCAAGGCACUAUCCAUCUCAUUCCUUUGCACCGUCAGCACCAGAGCUGCCCCCAGAAUCCUACGGGCCGCACCAUCAGCGGCAGCAGGAGACUUACUCUGAUAAUCAUCAUGGAUCGUCUCCUAGUUACAGCUACUACGGGCAGCAUCAGCAGCAGCCAAGUUAUGGGCAGAGUGGGUUUCCCGCAGGAACACACCCAGAUGUAGUGAGGGCAUUUCAGAUGGUGGAUAGGGAUAGAAGUGGAUUCAUCGAUGAAAAUGAGUUGCAACAGGCUCUGUCUUCAGGGUACGAGAGGUUUAAUAUUAGGACUAUAAGGUUGCUCAUGUUCUUGUUCAAGAAUCCUCAUGAUUCUCUCAGAAUUGGGCCCAGAGAGUUUGCUGCACUGUGGAGUUGCCUUGGUCAUUGGCGGGCCAUAUUUGAGAGAUUUGAUAGAGAUAGGAGUGGGAAAAUUGAUCUGAUGGAACUAAGGGAUGCUCUAUACAGUCUUGGAUAUGCAAUUCCACCUUCUGUCCUUCAGGUUCUGAUUUCCAAGUAUGAUAAUGGAAGUGGCAGGAAGGUUGAACUCAAUUUUGACAGUUUUGUUGAAUGCGGGAUGAUUGUUAAGGGCUUGACUGAAAAAUUCAAGGAAAAGGAUCCGCGCUAUACUGGUUCAGCAACGCUUACUUACGAUUCAUUCAUGUCUAUAGUCAUUCCAUUUCUUGUUUCAUAUGACUGAUCACUUUGUAUUCUUCAUUGUUUUAUGCUUGAUUUCAUUUGUGUGAGCUAGGCGUUAGGCUUACAACUAUUCUCUUUGAAAAUGUACACGUUUGAUAAAUUUUGUGCAAAGUGUGAAGAACAGACUUUUUUUUUGUGCUGUACUAUGUAUAUGUAGCUAAUGAUAUCAUUUUGGAAUGAAUUUGGAUUAGAACUUUAAAAAACUCUGAACAAGUACUACUAACAUUCAUUUUGAUCUGAAAUUUUUGGAAAAUUUAUCAAAUACACUGUUAUAAUUAAAUUUUUAUUCUUCGAC